UGUCAAACUCUGCGCGUUCUUUUGGUAUCGAAAGCAAGAAAGCAAGGCUCUGCUGAGCAGGUUUUUUCCAGCCAUUGUAUUGUGAAGGACUAACAGUAGAAGCCUACAAAUAGGUAAAAGCAUCUCGACAGCCCAGCGGGAAGGUGGAUUAUUUGAAAGACGAUGAGCGCGCGGCUCUAGACAUGGUUUGCGGUUGGGUCCGGCUGGCGCUGUCUGAAUGAAGCUAUGGGCUGCGCGUCAGCCAAGCAUGUUUCUACUGUUCAAAACGAAGAGGAAACUCAGAAAGGCAAAAACUACCAGAACGGAGAUGUGUUUGGGGAUGAGUAUAGGAUCAAACCAGUGGAAGAGGUCAAAUACAUGAAAAAUGGGGGCGAAGAUGAUCAGAAAAUAGCAGCCAGGAACCAAGAAAACUUGGAAAAAAGUGCCAGUUCGAACGCAAGACUUAAAUCUAAUAAAGAGAUCCCAGGAUUAGUACAUCAACCCAGAGCAAACAUGCACAUCUCUGAAAGCCAGCAAGAGUUCUUCAGGAUGCUCGAUGAGAAAAUUGAAAAGGGUCGUGAUUAUUGUUCAGAAGAGGAGGAUGUCACAUAGUGCCAAUUCUGCCCAGCGAAACGGGAAUACUACUGUGUAAAUAGAUUACAACCCCGUCGAGCCCUUUGGGAAGUCUUCUAGAGCGAACAGCACUACAUAACGCAAGAAGAUCAUUUCCGCAUUAUAUGCUCCAUUCAGUUACAGUGUUUCUUAAUGACCAGACGAGGAAUAUUGCUAAGAACUCGUAUGGAACCGUUUUCGUUGCUGCUAGUUAAAACUCGUUGCAACUUUUCACUUUUUCUGUGUCCAGACAUGCAGCAAAUCCUUAAGGUUAAUCUGAAAGACAGUGUCGAUUUUAUUAAGGCUUCUGGCCUGUUUUCUAUCAAAUGAGGUAGUGUUAUACCAGGCUUCCAUAAGUGACCAUUCAAGCAUCUAAGAAACACCCUUAAGCUGUCUGUCAGGCCGCGUACAGGCCCGAGCGCUUAUUAAUGCUGGUGAUUUCAAGCUUUGGAGAUGGGAUGUUUUGCCAUGGCAGGCCUCGUUUCUCUGCGGAGAAGAAGCGGAGAAACUAUUAUCCAUUAAAAGCAUGUUAUCACUGAAAUACUGGAAGUGAUGCAGGAGCAGGAAUCUGUAUUUUAAGAGGAAAAGAGUUUUCAUUUAAUAGGUAUCUUAAUCAAGGACUAAGCUUGCAGUAUUGGCUUUGCUGAGCACGAAUGGGAGUGUGAUCACAAUCAUUUUGAAUCUCUUUUUUUCUAAGAAAAUAAACAUUUUACUGUUUUUAUGUA